AUGGAUUCCAAUAGAAUAGGCAAUGGAGAAAUUUAUAAACCAUCAAUUCUUACCGAUGCUGUACCAUCAUCAUCAGCAAUAAUUGGAUAUUUAAUAAAUAAUCCUAUUGACGAUUGUCCAACAUCAUCUGCUCAAGAUAGUGGUUGUUAUUCAUCGACAGCUGAUGAAUUACAUUUAACGUCGUCACAUACAACUAAUUCUAAUAAUGGCGUAAAACAUAAUAAUAAUCAUCGUCAUCAUCAUACAAAACAACGUAAAAUGACAACAGAUCAAAAUAUGUUGUAUAAUAAAAAUAAUCGAUCAUCAGGGAAUGAAACACUUGAUAAAGUCGUAAUAAAUGUAAGCGGUUUACGUUUUGAAACACGUGCAUCAACAUUACAACGUUAUCCUCAUACAUUACUUGGUGAUAAACAACGACGUGCACAUUUUUUUGAUUCAAUGAAUAAUGAAUAUUUUUUUGAACGACAUCGUUCAUCAUUUGAAGCUGUUCUUUAUUUUUAUCAAAGUGGUGGACGUCUUGCAAGACCAGAAAAUAUUUCAGCUGAAAUAUUUUUAGAAGAAAUUAAAUUUUUUGAUCUUGGUGAAGAAGUACUUAAACGUUAUCGAAAACAGGAAGGUUAUGUAGAAGAAAUUCCUGUUGAACAACCAAUAAAUGAAUUUCAACGUUUUGUUUGGGAAAUAUUUGAAUGUCCAGAAUCAUCAAAUAUCGCAAGAGUUGUCGCUAUUAUAUCGAUUGUCAUGAUUAUUGUGUCAAUAGCUUCAUUUAUAAUAGAAACACUCCCGUCCAUCCGUAAUGAACCAUCAAUGUCACUAGAAAAUAAUGUAAAUAAUACACAUCAAUUUAAUUCAUUACCAUCAGCGCCGUCCAAAUUUGCUUUUAUUAAAAAUGGUCCCAAUAUUAUUGAUGUUGUUUCAAUUAUACCAUAUUUUAUACAAUUAAUUGGAUUAAUUUAUCAGAAAAAAGAUAAUAAUGUACCGGGAUUUUCAUCUACACUAACUGUAUUAAGGAUUGUUAGACUUGUAAGAGUAUUUCGAAUAUUUAAAUUAUCAAGACAUUUUAAGGGUCUACAAGUACUUGCGUUGACAUUUUUAGCAUCGUGGAAAGAAUUACUUCUAUUAAUGUUUUUUCUCUUUAUUAUUGUUAUUGUUUUUUCUUCAUUUAUGUAUUUUGUUGAAGCUGAUUAUUCAAGUUUAACUCCAUCAAGAGCACCACCAAAUAAUAUGCCAUCAACAUCAAUAUCAUGUCCUCCAUCUACAAAUUGUCUUUCAACAUAUGAUCAACAUAUUGCUCCAACACAAACGAACAAUCAGUUUGCAUCCAUUCCUGAUUCAUUUUGGUUUUCUAUAAUAACAAUGACAACUGUUGGUUAUGGUGAUUAUGUUCCACGUACAACAUUAGGAAAAGUUAUUGGUGCAGCAUGUGCUAUAACAGGUGUAUUAACAAUAGCAUUACCUGUACCAAUAAUUGUAUCAAAUUUUACAUAUUUUUAUCAACGACAAAUGGAAGAUAAUGAACGACAAUAUCAAGCAAGACAAAAAGUACAUGCAGCUAAUCAAUUAGCUUUAGAAAAACGUCAUUUACAUCCAUUAAAUGAUAAAGAUUAUGGACCUGAACUUAAUGAAUGGGAAACAAUAAUAAAUGAACCUGAUUAUUCAGAUUAUCGAGAUAUAACACAUGCUGUUGCAAAAAAAUUAGUAAAUAAUGCUUAUUUUAAAGCAUUUCGUGGUUCAAAAAAAAUGACACCAGCAUUACGUUAUCAAAAUUUACCACCAUCAACAACACCAUAUCAAAUAACAAAUAGAAUUUAUCAACUAGCUGAUGAUAAAAAGGAAACGGAUAUUUUACAAUAA